AUGUACGCCGUCGAGGAUAGACAUCAUCCCGUUCCACCUCCGCUCUCAAUGGAUCGCAUCUCUGCUCCGUCCGUCCAGUACCCGUCGGGGCCCAACUCGCUGCGGCAAUCCGACCAUUUGGCACCCGUGACAAACUAUCAAGACGGUCGCUCUUGGUCAUUACAAGUGGUGCAGCAGCCCAUCCGGGCUCGUAUGUGUGGAUUUGGUGAUAAGGACCGAAGACCUAUCACCCCUCCACCAUGCAUUCGUCUUAUUGUGCGCGACGCCCAAACCGAUAAGGAAAUCGAUAUCAAGUAUGUCCAACCACCUGUUUUCUACCCGUCGGCUUUCCUAAUCCCUCCCUCUAGUGAAAUCGAUACCUCAUUCUACGUGCUCACUGUCGACCUCUGGAAUGCCGAUGGUACCAGCGAAGUCAAUCUCGUCAAGCAUUCCGCUACCUCCCCCUCCAUCUCUACCGCCAUGUCCUCCUCAUACCCUCCCCCGCCUCAGAGCGUAUCUCCAACCUACCCCGGCUACAACCAGAAUCAGUACCCCGUGGGCUACCCUGCACAAAUGAACAACUACUACGGUGGCCAGCAGGUGGCGUACCAAAACCAAUACGGCCAGCCAGUGACGUACCCGCAAUACUACUCCGGUGGUCAAAUGCCGCCAUCCAUGUCGCCCGCUGCACAACCCGUUUCCGGUGGACCCGGUGGCAUGUUCACUCGCAAUCUGAUCGGAAGCCUCAGCGCCAGUGCUUUCCGGCUGACAGACCCGGACAACAAAAUCGGCGUAUGGUUUAUCCUGCAAGAUCUGAGUGUACGGACAGAAGGCACAUUCCGUCUGAAAAUGAGCUUCGUUGACGUGGGCACCUCAUCUGGCGAAACCUCCAAUGGCGCCCCGGUCAUCAAUCACGGCACCGCACCCAUUCUCGCAUCGGUUUUCUCCGAACCCUUCCAGGUCUUCUCUGCCAAGAAGUUCCCCGGUGUUAUUGAGAGCACCCAGCUCAGCAAAUGCUUUGCGCUCCAGGGUAUCAAGAUUCCCAUUCGCAAGGACGGAGUAAAGGGACCUCGCCGAGGUGGAGACGGAGAUGAUGACGAUGAAGGCGACUAUUAA